ACAAAUGAUCCAUAAAAAAGAUCUUUGCUUUUUUGAGCUUCGAGCCCUUUUAGAGCGCCGUUUAGAUCCUAAUCUGACUGCUGAAAUGUCCCUGGCUAAAGCCAUAAUUAGAAAACAACGUAAGCAAAUGCAAGCACUUACAGCUGAGAUCAACAUGAAUAUUUAUGAUUUAGAACAAAAAGACAUUGAAUGCAAUAAGAAACAACAAGAACUGGAUAAAAGCAAAGCUAAAGUUGUUGUACAACAAAGAAAAUAUCUCAAUUUACAGAAAAAACCUUUACCACCAAUUGCUGUGAAGUCAAUGUCAUGUACAGGAUCCAAACUGAGAGUAUUUAAACCAACACUUCCAUUACUCCAAAUGUUCAACUAAAAUGAUGGAAUAAACAAAGCUGACAAAAUCA